AUGGCAAGAAAUUCUGUUGUCAAUAUCGAUGAUUUAUUAGCUGAUGAGAGACUUCACAAGUUAUUUCAACAAUUGAAUAUUACAGAAGAUAAUAAAAAAAAACUUUGUGAAGCAUUCCAACAUUAUUUCAUGACAUCAACGUCUACGGAUAUAUGUUUAAAUAAAAUAAAACAGGAAUUAAUUAAAUUAUCAAAAAUAGUUAAUCAAGAUGAUUUAAAAAAUAUUGUUGGAAAAAUUUCUGAAUUUCUGGAAGAACAUUCUCAUGUCUUUUCCGAAACAUUGAAUCGUAUACGUAUUCUUGAAAACAAAACAGGUCUUUUAUAUGAUCAAAUUAUGGAAUUAAAAGAACGAUCAAACAUGAAGGAAGCUUUUAUACUUGCUAAUGAUUUAUCAACUUUGUACGAAGAAUAUUUUGUAAAACCAGUAUUUUUACGGCGUUUUGGUGAUGGUUCUUGGGACAAGUUUAUCGUUCGUUUAAAUAAAUUCGAAGAAGAAACAAACAAGAAUAUACUAAAAUCAAUUCAAGGUCGUUCUUCAGUUAAAUAUGAAGAUUUGUAUGCACCAUUGAUAAAAUAUUUAGAGCCAUUACAAAAAGAAAUUGAUCUUAGUUUAACUGAUAUUCAAUUCUUACGCCAAGAUCGAUGUGCAGUAACUCAUUACAAAACUGACACAAUGGAUGAUCAAUUAGAUUUAUUAAAGAAAGCAAAAACUUUCGACUUCUCAUCAAAUUUCGAACAUAAAGAGUUGGUGCAUAAAAUGAUAAAAGCCUUAGAUAAUUACAUGGCUAAUUUUCCUGGCUAUGCCUAA